UAUCAAACUUGACCUCUCUUUAAUUAGUUAUCCUUGGCAAUAUGAUACUGUUUUCAACACCAGUGAGAUGCAUCCUUCAUUGUUUCAUUUGAAGCAUUUGGAGUAUUUAGAUAUAAGUGGGAACAACUUAUCUGGCCAUCAAAUUCCUGGCUCGAUUGGAUCUUUAACUCAAUUGAACUACUUGGACCUUUCGAGUUGUGGUUUGAAAGGAGAAAUUCCCUAUCAACUUGGCAAUCUCUCCCAUCUACGUCACUUAUCUCUAACUGAUAACCAUAUUUUUGGAAAAAUACCGGCAUCUUUUGUCCAUCUCAGAAAUCUGCAGUUCCUGUACCUGGGCUUUAAUAGCAUCAGCGGAGAGAUUCCAAAAAAUAUUGGAAACCUCAGAAACAUACAAAGCUUGUUCCUCCUUAAUAACCAUCUCAAAGGUGUAAUACCGAAAAGCAUAGGAAACUUGAGUAAGAUGUCAGUUCUUGACCUUUCUGAUAAUAGAAUUGUUGGAGGCUUACCAGAGACUAUUGGCAAUCUAACUGAAUUGCAGAAGUUGGACUUAUGGGGUAAUCAGAUUAAUGGAAAGAUACCAGAGGCUAUUGGCAAUCUAACUGCAUUGCAGAUUUUGUACUUAUCAGAUAAUCAGAUUAAUGGAAAGAUACCAGAGGCUAUUGGCAAUCUAACUGCAUUGCAGAAUUUGGUAUUAUCAGAUAAUCAAAUUAAUGGAAAGAUACCAGAGACUAUUGGAAAUCUCAUUCAGCUAGAAUAUCUCGAUAUCUCUUUGAACAACAUAAGUGGAUCGAUUCCUGAUACCUUAGGAAGCCUAUGCAACUUGAGUGAAAUCUAUCUCUUUAAUAACAGUGUAACAGGGAGAGUUGUUGAAUUCUUUGAACAACUAUCAAGAUGCAAAACUAACGAACUUCUUUCCCUUUACUUGGAUAACAAUCAGUUAAGUGGUCCUUUUCCGAGUCAUUUUGAGAGGCUUCAAAGAUUAACUGAACUUAACCUUCGUUCCAAUCAAUUGAGUGGCUCACUUCCAGCAUCCUUGGGGAAAUUGUCUGCAUUAGAGAUCUUAAUACUAUCUUCAAACUAUUUGGUUGGAGACAUCACAGAAGCCCACUUUGCCAAUCUCACAAAUUUAUAUAGCAUGGAUAUAUCUGACAACAACUUGUCAGUCAAAGUGAGCCAAGAUUGGCUUCUUCCAUUUCAAGCAGAAGCAAUUAUAAUGCGCUCUUGCAACUUGGGACCUAGAUUUCCUCCAUGGCUGCGGAACCAAACCAUUUUAAAUAACCUAGACAUAUCAAAUAAUGGAAUAUCAGAUGCUUUUCCUGAUUGGUUUUGGAGUUUGUGCUUAUGGAACAUGAACCUAAAUGUUUCUCACAAUGAUAUGAGAGGAAUGUUGCCGAGCUCUUUAGAAUGCUUCGAGAAUGUAUCAACUUUGGAUUUAAGUUACAACAAAUUUGAAGGCAUCAUACCAAGAAUGCAACUUUCGAAUGCAUAUUUGGUCUUUUCUCACAAUUUCUUCUCUGGACCUAUUCCUAGCAGCUUGGCUGAUAAUGCUAUAUAUAUGUCUUUGUCAAACAACAGACUGAAUGGUAGUAUUCCAUCCUCCAUUUGUACAGCAGAUGAUCUACGAGUUAUCCACCUUGCCAACAAUGGUUUAUCUGGAACACUCCCAGAUUGCUUCAGAUAUAAAUCGAGUUUGGUGAUCAUCGACGUUUCAAACAACAUGUUAUCCAACAACAUCCCUAGAACACUUGGACUUUUAAAAGGGCUUCGAUCACUGCACUUCAAUAACAAUAACCUCUCUGGCAGAAUUCCCACAACAUUGAAACACUGCCUUGAACUGGAGGUUAUUGACUUUAGCUGGAAUGAAUUGUCAGGUGAGAUACUCAGUUGGAUCGGACCAGAACUGUCAUCAUUAAGAGUCCUUUCUUUGACGUCAAAUAAGUUCACCGGUGGGAUUCCAUCAGAACUCUCGUUGAUCCCUUCCCUUCAAGUCCUAGAUCUUUCUCACAAUCUUUUCUCUGGUUUGUUGCCUCCUAGUUUUGGUAAUUUCACAGCUAUGAUGACAAACCAGAACUAUGAAAUUCCUUCACCACUACAAAUGCUUGGUUAUCUUUAUUAUACAGAGAACCUCAUUAUAAUUGCCAAAGAUUCAUCACUUACCUUCACUACUUUGCUUUCACUUGUCACAAGCAUUGACCUCUCAAAUAACAAUCUCUCAGGCAUGAUUCCUGAAGAGUUAACAAAUCUUGAUGGCCUCCGCUUUCUCAACUUAUCUUCCAAUUACUUUUCAGGGCAAAUACCAGAGAAGAUUGGUCUUAUGAGCCAACUAGAAUCACUUGAUCUUUCAAAAAAUAAUUUAUCAGGUAGAAUCCCUUCGAGUAUCUCCGCUUUAAAUUUUCUAGCUGUCUUAAACUUGUCUUACAAUAAUCUUGUUGGGAAAAUACCGAUGGGCCCUCAACUUCAAACCUUCACCAACUUGUCUUACAUGGGAAACCCUAAGCUUUGUGGGGAACCACUUGAAAUCACAUGUCUUGGAGACAACCAAACCAACAAUGACAGAGUCACAAAAGAAGAGUACGUGCCUAAAGAUGAUGAGUAUGGAGGAAUUUGGUAUUUCAUUGGCUUUGCUCCUGGAUUUGUCUUUGGCUUUUGGGGAUUCAUGGGUGCAAUUAUGAUUAAGAAGAGCAUAAGAAUCAAAUACAUUUUACUCAUCGAUAUAAUAAUUGGUUGGUUUAUGCAAAUGUAAUGGAAACUAAGUCUUAAAUAGGCCUAAAUUAAUUCUAGAAUUUAUGUGUGUAAUAAGAGCCUGUGCUUUUAUGAUAUAAGAUCAAGUUUGGUGUAAUGAAUUUAAGUUGAUAUUGAUAUUUAAGUCAUGGAUCAUUUGUGAUUGACUCCAUCAUCAGAUUCAGGAUAUUAAGAGUCCUGGAUCUGAUCCAACUGCUAGCUAAGCAUCUCGGUCGGCUUCCAAGAUCAUCAAAGAGGCAGCAACUAGAGGCGUUGGGCAUUCAUUUUGUUUCAUUAGUGAACAUGCUGUCAAUUACACACCAUUCUAUUUCGGUAUAAUUUACUAUAUCUAUGUUCCUUCAAUCUGAAAAUUUAUGAACUACCUUUGAUUUACGUUUUUUUACCUCAUAGUUGAAUUCCAAAGACAUUGAGCAGUUUAAGCACAUUUACAUGUUCCAUAUCAUCAUGCUCUCAUGCGUUGAUAGAAAAAUCACUUUUUAUUUCGACAUAAGUUACUUGGAUAAUUCAUAAUUUAGAAGUAGUAUAUAAUAAACAACUUGGAUGAUAAUACUGCAGAAGUAAAAAAACAUAUUUUAUUUCGUAUUUUAAAAAAUGUAAGCUUCAUUUUUUUUAUAUUAUAUUAUUUCGGCAUAAUGUAUUUGAUAAAUUAAAAAAUAAUUUUAAAUUUAUAAUUUAUAGAUACUAAAGUAAAAAAGUUGAACUAAACAAUUUCACCAAAGCUUAGAACAAAAUACUUAGUGCGCGCAACCCUGUUCUUUUCUCUAACCCUAGCAAUCUCUUCCAGCAAUUUAAGGUACGCUAACCAACAAAAUUCCGCACCCGACGACGAGGAGGUCACUGUUCUACUCCUCCGCCUUGCUCCUCUCUUCCGCUCCCCUCUUUGCUAUCGUUCCUUCCUCCGCGACUCCACCGUCACCCCCUCCAGUUCCCGCUUCGGCCACCCCGACCUUCUUCGAGCUCCCUAGGUCCGGCGGAGUGAGGGCCCUAGACCUUCGUGAAGGUUAUGGUGAAAUCUCUGUCGAUGGAGAUCAGCAAUUAAGCAGUGGAACCCAUGGAUCUGGUGAAGGGCAAAGGAGCAACCAAAUAGUAAGGCUUCAUAAAAAGAAGCAAGAAUAGUCAACUUAAAGUGGAAAGUCCACUGCCCAAAUUGAGGACCAAGGCAUCAAAAGGGUCAUGGACUCGAUCAGAUUGGAUCACACUUGGGCUCAAAUAUAGGACUGAAUGAGAUGAUCACACCUUGGAGCUAUUUGGACCGUUCAUCAACAAUCAAACAGAUUUGAGCCAUCCGUUGAGAAUCUGGUCCAUCCGACCUAAUGAGGAGCAGAUCUAGUCCAUUGAUGAAGAUCCAGAAGUUUUGAAGUAGAUCCGAGAUGCUCCAACCGUUAAUCUAGCCCAAAUCAAUCUGGACCGUCCGAUCAGAUUGGAAAGGGAUAUAAAUUGCAUGAGAAGCUACAGUGAAGCUUGGGAUCGGUCACGAUUUUGCUACAGUGCGUCUUCUUCUCCGCCGCGAUGCCGAUGCUCCCGUUCUUCAUUCCAGAUUUGAGCACUAGCAUUCUUCACUGGCGGCGAUUUCUGAGCUUCGGCGAUCAUCAUCCGAGGGCACAGAAGCGGCAACGGGCGUUCCCCAGUCCGCGCAGUUGAGUCUCUGACAUUUCGCAAUCCGGAUGCAGGGGCGUUCUCCGAUCCGCGAUUUCCAUCAUCACCGGAGUUGUAUGGGCAUUCUUUGAGGCUCUGAUCACACUCGCGUUCUCUAUUCCAUCAGCAAAUCCAGGAUCGAUCUGAUCAAUCGAUUGGAGUUUGCAAAUCUUUAGAUUCCAGCUCUGUUUCUUCGUGCGAUGUGAAUUCCACUUGGGUGUGAGCUGUAUGUUCGUUCUCUGAGGCUGUGAUCAUCCGGUGGAUUAGUUGAUAGCUCAAGAUUCAAAGCCGAUUACCAGAUGGGCGUUCUCUGCUAUGGUUCUGUAGUGACAGUAGGGUGAAGAAGGUUUGCGACAAGGAUUUGAGUUGAGGAAUGUUAGGGUUUAAUUUUCUUUAUCUGCUCUUUUGAUUAGUUCUUGAACCUGCUCAGAUCUAAUGAUCUGAUUAUUUUCUUUGCAAUUUAGUUUUGUUUGAAUUGUCUUUCCUGCAAUUUCAAUUCUGAUCUUUUGUUGCAAUUAUGAUUUUGUUUAAUUCCUGUAAUCAAAAUCCAUAUUCAACUGCUAACUUAGCUCUGCAAUCUAUUUCCUAUUUUGAAUUCCUUAUUUCAGUUUAACCCAACUAAUGUUUAGUUACUAACAAGUGUUUAGCUAGAGUUUUGCCUUGAUUGUUUAGAUACUAGUUUGGUUUUACUUUAUCAGUGUUGAUUUGGUUCUUGAUCUUAGUGCUUGUGAAUUAAUUUAGAUGUCGAAUGUAUCAUUUGAUGUUCUUCAUUGUUUACCUAUGUAUCACUUUGUUGAUUGAGGGAAAGAAUUGGAGAUUUGGUGAUUGAAUUAAUUGUGAAGUUGAUUAUGUCUGUGACUUAGAUGCUAUUUCGGACUCUAGAAGUGUAGUGAGAACUUGAGUUUAAUGUUAUUGAGAUUUUAAAUUGAAAAGAUAAUAUUUGAUCUAUUGAUUCAAUGAGGCAUUUAAAUCUGAAUUUAAUUGAUGUUUAUUUGAUGAGAAGGAAAUGAAGGUAAUAAUGUCUAGAGGAGAUCAACCUUACUUGAAUCUGUUCUUGAUCGUGUUAGAAGAACUUAAUUUGGAUUGCAAGUUAAAUGGAAGUGCUAGUUUGACCUUGUGGAUGUGAUAACUCAAUUUGAAUCGAUUCUAGGAUAUGCACACAUUCACUAGUUAGCCUUGGAAAAAAAUACGACUUGGAACUCCUUACUACACGUGUUUCAUCUAGUUUAUUUAAGUUCCUGAUUUUUAUUAAUUUGAUGUGCCACGUGACAUGCAAAUGGCUAACACCAAAUUUUGGCGCCGCUGCCGGGGAUGUAACUAGCAAUGUGUGUUUA